AUGGUUGAACCGUUUCAAAAAUGUUUAAGUCAAGUCAACUUUUUUUGCAAGUUGCUUGGUAUGAAUAUAGAUUAUCGUGGUGAUAGCGAGACUUUAAUACAAUUCUUGCGUAGUCACAAGUAUUUUAUUGCACAGUUUAUUUUAUUCAAUUCUCAAAAUGUAUCCCAAAUAUCAUGGGUUUGCGAAGCCGUCAUCACAGGAAAAUCUUUCCUAGAUGUAACUUAUAUGAUCCCUUGCCUAAUUUUUUGCAUUUUAAGUAUUUUUAAAGGAGUCUCAAUACUUUAUUAUGCAAAAUAUAAUUACGAAUUCAUUGUUACUAUGAAAAAUUUGCUAGCGGGUCUAACGCCAAGCAACGAGGAACAUAAUAUUUUUAUGAAAACUAUCAUUGACAAACAUGUUUUAAUGUUGACGAUUAUAUUCAAGAGGAUGGUUAAUAUUGUUGCGGUGUGUCUGAUAAUGUUUGCUUUGGGGCCCAUUUUUAUUAUGCUGUCGAAUUAUUACAAGACUAAAGAGGUCAAACUUGAAUUGCCCUUUAUCGGAUAUUAUCCGUUCAACGAGUACGACCUACGGAUUUAUCCCUUCAUGUUUCUUCAUCAGUGGUGGACAAGUCUCUUCGCUACGUUAAUGGUAUGUGGAACUGACUACUUCUUCUUCACUUGUUGCACAUUUAUACAAAUUCAGUUCACAAUACUGAACUAUGAUAUGGAAAAAUUAGUUAAUGACGGAUCUAGUUCAUGUGACAAAGAUAGAUUGAAAGAAUUAGUUUUGCGCCAUAUUGAAUUAAUGAGGUGCGUAGAUAUCAUGGAAACAAUAUUUUCAACGUCAAUCUUAUUCAACGCACUGACAAGUUCAGUCAUAAUAUGCAUCACUGGCUUUAAUGUUUCGGUGGUUGAAAACGUAUUUAUGGUGGGUUCAUUCUUGGCUUUUCUAAUUUUCAGUGUAGUGGAAAUCUUCUUAUAUUGUUAUUACGGCGACAUUAUUAUGAGAUCGAGCAUGAAUGUAGGUAAUGCAAUAUACAAUAGUUGUUGGUACAUGACGGGAGUGGCGGACAGAAAAUUGUUCCUCAUCAUUAUAACAAGGUCCCAAACGCCUUGCGAAUUGACGGCCCAUGGAUUUGCCAAAAUUAAUUUGUACACAUUUUCGAGUAUUCUAAGUACAGCCUGGUCAUACUUCGCUCUUUUGAAGACAAUGUAUCAUCCAGAAUGA